GAAAUACUCGAACAAAGUCGUGUUCGAUGGAGCAAAUGGAGUUGGAGUUUUUGCGAUGAAAAGGUUCCUUAAAGCCUUGGGUGGCGACAUUUUGAAUGUGGAGUUUUUCUUGCCGGAAAGAGGCCGAUUGAACGAGAACUGUGGCUCGGAUUUUGUGAAAACUGAACAAAGACUCCCUUUAGGAAUGGAUGUGGAGCCUGGGACUAGAUGUGUAUCUUUUGACGGAGACGCUGACAGGAUUGUAUACUACUACAAUGACUCUGCGAAGGUGUUUCGACUCUUGGACGGCGACAAAAUUUCUGCAUUGGUUGCGGGUUUCUUGUCGGAUUUAUUGAAAAAAUGUGGAAUCAGUGCGAAACUCGGGGUGGUG